ACGGCAACAAAAAGUUUCUUGCAAAAGCGUACGUGUAUCAGAGAGAGAGAGAGAGAGAGAGAUUGUCUGUAUUCCGAAAGGGGUGCGAAUGUUGGAAGCGGAGGAAGCAAACUAAAACUCAUGGCUCGAAAUGGCGGCACCGCUAAACCCCACCUCUUGAGGGGAGCUCUAGAGAGAGAGAGAGAGAGAGAGACGGACGUUCAGUGUGGCCGAACGAAGUGUCUGUUCCUGGUUUUUUCUUGUGUUGAGGGGUGAAAUUGAAAUAGCUUCAGCUCCGACCCUUUGCUCUCUCUCUCUCUCUCUCUCUCUCUCUCUCUCUCUCCCCUUGUUCUUCUUCUGGUGCUGGGAGGCGUCGUGAAUAUUUUGGGGGGGUCUUUUGUUUUGGCCUUGUUGAUGGGAAAGGCAACUUUUUGUUGAGACCCGGAGAGGAAAAAGAAGAAGGAAAAACCCAAUCAUGGGUACAAGAAACAGCAACGACAGUGGGAUGACGGUGGUUUCCGGUUCGGAGGAGGAAUGCGAUGUCGGGCUGGGUCUGAGGAUGCAACAACCCGAGAACGAUGACGACAAUUCUCGCAAAAAGAGGACCCCGAUGAUGAUGAUGUCCAUGGCCAUGCCUCAUCGUCACCACCAUCACCAUCCUUAUCCCCAGCAAUACAUGCUGUCGCCAUCGUCCUCCGGUAGAGGAGUUGUUGCUGGAGACUGUUAUUAUGGCGGUGUUGGUGGGUCCAUCUUCUCAGGCACAAGCAACCACCACUUAGCGUGUGUUGAUGAAGAAGAAGCAGCAGCAGCAGCAGCCGCACUGCUUGCUUCUGGCCCUGCCUCUGAUUCUUCUUCUGCUGCUGCUUCUGCUCCUGUCUUUAGCUUCUCAGGAAGAAUGGCAGCAUCUGCAAAUGCGAGAGCGCCAUUUACAGCAGCACAGUGGCAAGAGAUGGAGAGACAGAGCAUGAUCCUCAAUCACAUGAUGAUGACCUCUGCGCCUGUGCCUCCUGAACUCCUCUUGCCCAUCACCAAAUCCCUCCCCACUGUUCUUCCUUCCCAAUCCAACAGGGGUUCUGAUCCGGAGCCGUGGAGGUGCAGAAGAACAGAUGGGAAGAAAUGGAGGUGCUCGAGAGAUGUGGCUCCUCACCAGAAGUACUGUGAGCGUCACUCCCACAAGAACCGUCCCCGUUCAAGAAAGCCUGUGGAAUUACAAGCUGAUUACACAAACGCCACCAGCAACACCAAGAAGAGCAAUGUCACCACCACAAACUCUCCAUCCCUCGACUCGUGCCAGAGCCCUCAAUUCCUCAACCAGACACCAAACCCACCUUCAGUUUUCCCCACCACGGUGGCCUCAGCUUAUGACCAACCCAGGGGCUUGGAGUGGUUCAUGAAGGGCGAGACCAUCUCCAACCAGGAAGACUAUCACCACCACCAACAGCAACCUAUGCAUGCCACCUGCAACAGGAUCGACCCGUUUCAUUUAAAGCAGCCACAUAUGCCCCUGAGCUCGUACUCUCAUUAUGGAAGCACCCAUGAACUGCAUGAGACCAGGCAUUUCAUUGAUGCAUGGUCAACCCCACACAGAGAGGACAGCUCAAACAGGGCAGCCUCUGUUUCUGCAAGCAAGAAGAUGCCCAUUUCCUCCCUCAGUUUGACGAUGUGCGGAAUUGGAGAGGAAGACAGCGAGAAUACGGACAUGGGCGUGGGGUUGAUGGGCGGAGAGCGCGAGAAGUCGGGGGAUCUGAGGCCACCGCACUGGAUGAUGAGCCCCGGCGGGUCAUGGAUGGGUUCGACAACGCCGGGCGGGCCGUUGGCUGAAGCUCUUUGCCUGGGGACUGCAAACGCAAGCUCCACGAGAACGGCAGGGGCAUGCGAGGCAUCUGGUGUCACCCCUACUAGCAGUAGGAACUCCUCCAGUAAAGAUGAAGGGCAUGAGCUAAAUCUCAUAAGCUGAAAGAUAGUUUCAUCCUUUUGCCAAUGAAGGUCAGGUAAAAUUGGAUUGGUUUACUUUCGAGUUGACGAUACAAUUGAACAGUGAGAGCAACAAAAAAGAAAUGUUUUUGAUUCGUUUAUAUGGUCUGAUCCAACUUGUUUGAUAUGUUUUGGUACCUUAGGAGAGAAGUAAUCUUUGCUGCCAGGUGCUUUUGUAUUUGUUGGACUGAUUUUCAUGUGUCCAUUGUCAUUGUGGUUCCUUCUUCA